GACAACACCGCGUUCAUUAAAGCCAUUUGGGCAUAGUCGAAAAGUCGUAAAACUCUUUCAAAACAUAUUCUCCUGGAUUUUUAGUUGCAGUUUUCCUGGAUUUGUGUUUAUAAAUUUUAACACUUCCAAAUCGCCCAUACAGAGAGUUUGUUUUUUCUGUAGCUUUUUUACAUUUCCUAAUUAUUUGAGUCAACUGUCGCAGUUAAACUGAAGUAAACUAAACUCCUGUUCAUAUCACGUCUACUCGCCUAAAAUUAAAAUUCAUAUUGGAAACAGGACAUUACAUUAUUCAACUUUAAUGCUAUUUGCUGAAGCCGUUGAUAAUAGCAAAAGUCUAGAUGUAACCUACUGCCGCAUGAAAGAGACAGGGUCGUGUCACAUUAAUGUGUACUCAGAUACUAUUGAGGUUCAGAAUGCCAAUAAAACUCAUCAAGUGACACUAAAUGGAUUGAAUAUAUCGUGCAUGACGUGCAAAAAUCUUUGUCUAGUUAAUGACGGUACUUUGUCGUGCAGAUUUAAUGCGUCGUAUAGCAGCCAUACCAAUGACAACAUAAUUAAAUUAAGUAAAAUUAAGAGUAACCUUAAUGCAGCUGAUUCCAUUCUUUGCAAAUUUUGCCAACAGAAGUUAGGAAAUAUACAAGAUGUUACUUGUACUAUUAACUUCCAGAAAUUUAUCACUCUGGAAGAUGAAGGUUUAUGCAUUGAAGGUGGCUACUUCUGUCAUCCAACUACAAAAAGCGUUGGGGACUCUGCUACUAACUCUGUAAAUACGCAGACUUUUCCAGUUAAUUUCGAUUUGGCCUCUCCAUCUAGCUGUUUGUUUACUGGUUUAGAACUAAUGAUAGACCGUUCGUUGGUUGAACCAAAGUCCAUACAAUCCAAAGGAAACGAUUUCUUUCAUUGUUCUAGUUGCUUGAUGGCUUUGGGGAAAAAAGUCUUGUAUGGCUCUCAAGAGUACUUUGUAUUUUGGGCUAAUUGUUUAAGUUUGCUAAUUAGAGAAAAUGAUAUUGAUGGUGAUUUUAUUGGUUACAUUGAAAAGCCGUUAAUAGCUGAUGAAAUGGAAUUUUAUGGUCUUCUAGUUGAUAAUUUAAUAAGAAAUACUCAAUAUCGUGUUAUUUUAUCAGCUAUCACGUGGGAUGGACUUUUAGACUUUAUGUUACUCUGGUUACCUGACCAAAAAUUAAGAUUAUAUACAACUGCUUUACAAGAUUGUACUUCACCUACAAUUGAUGUUAAUGAGAGUUCAUUAGGAAAGGAUGAACAAAAUACUGUACAUUCUGUGAAAAUUGAACCGAUUGCUUGUCGUCGUGUAUUUUAUCAACAACUUUUACCAAAUAGUAAUUGUUCAUUGAAUACAGCACAGUUGGUUGAUUCAUGGCGGAAAGAUUUCGGAGUCACAUUAAUUCAUAUGCCGUGGGAAACAUGCAUUGGAUUCUCAGCAUGCCUAAGUCAGUUUUCUUCAAGAAUAGCACCACAUACACGAAAAUUAGAUGGACCGAUGAUGGGAUUCAUGGUAAGUUUUCAUAUUAAGUGAUAUUAAGAGCGAUCGGUCGCCAAAUGGUUCAUUGAUUUGACCUUUUGUUUAAUGUGUAAUUUAGUUUGAGAUAGGUCGAUGAAGUCAAACAAGGGCUUCACGUUAACGUCUACAUUCAUUGAAGAAAUGUAAUUUGAGAAUAUUAAAGAAAUUUCAAGUUGUCCCGUAUUGAGUAAAUUUUUGUAAUAGUGAUCAUGUAUUUACGCUUUUGCUAUGAGGAGCGUGUAUGAAACUUCUCUGUUCGUAAUAUAUAUACUUCAAGUCAUCUUCUUUAAAGAUAAAUACGAAAAGCGAUGUACACAAAAGAAAGCAAGGGAACAUUCUUUUUCCAUUAAAUAAAUUAUCACUAAAGUUUGUUCCGUUUUUUCUUAUUUUUAGUCGGGUGCCGUUCCAUUGAUACACUUACCUAACGAUUUGGCGUAAUGUAAUUACUCGGAACAUGAUAAUUCUAUUUAAAUGAUAGACUGUCAACGUGAUUUUCUACAGAUGAGGUAUCAGAAAAGAAACUCACAUACUUUGUUAUUUCUUGUGAGGGAGACAAACAGAAUGUAUUUUGUACGCCCUAGUUUCAAACAUAUUGUCAAUUAAGCUUGUAUGUUUUUUUACUAUACUCUUUAAUGAAUGGUCAUACUUUUCUGGGAACCAAAUAACUUAACUGUCAUCUAAGGCUUUUGCAGUUUGUCCAUUUAAACAAGAUUGACUACAGAAUGUAAGAACUGGAUGCUUUGCUAUGCACAACCUUAAGCAACCAGGCUGAUAUGACCAGUU